AUGUCUGCACCUCCUGUAAGGAACACUGUUUAUGGAGAAGUUCUGAGAGUUACAGUUCCACUUGAUGCCACAUCAACAGAAUUUGAGUUUUUUGAAAACAAUUUCAACAGGAAUAUGACGAAGCUUGUGAAACAAGAAACAAACAGGUAUGAUGCAAAUACCAUUGCAAACUUGAGGCGUACCAAUCAAAUCAAGGAACACAGUUUGUCGUCGCACUGGAAACCUGUUACUUUAGCAGAGGUUUAUAAAGUUUUUUCUAUAGUAAUUCACAUGUGCCUGGUAAAGAAGUCAUCCAUAGCAGAUUACUGGUCCGCAGCUCCCAUUCUUCACUCCACAUUUGCAGCUAAACUGAUGUCCCGAGAUCGUUUCAAGUCAAUUUUGGCAAUGCUGCAUAUAAAUAAUAAUGAUACAUACAUACAACGUGGACAGCCAAAUCCUGAUCCUUUACAUAGAAUCAGGCCAUAUUUUGAUUAUCUUGUGCAGAGCUUCAGAGACUCGCUAGUGCCAAGUGAGAAUUUGACCACAGACAAAGGAAUGUGUGCCUUUAGAGGCAGGAUACAUUUUAGAGUCUACAUUAAGAACAAACCAGAGAAGUAUGGCACCAAACUGUCCUUUGUGUGCGACUCAAACAUUGGUUAUGUUCUAAAUAUGGAGAUUUACACAGGCAAAGGUGAUGCCUUCACAAUUAUUCCAUUGUUUGAACGUCUACUUUCACCCUAUUUAUCUAAAGGUCACACUGUUUACAUGGACCGGUUUUAUACUAGCCCUAAAGUUAUUGACUUCUUAUGGAGCAAAGACACUUUAGGUGUUGGCACUGUUAUGCUAAACAGAAAAGAAAUGCCUAAGAGUUUGAAAAAAGUUGUACUGAAGAAAAGUGAAAUGACAUUCAGACAUAGACCACAUAUGAUGGCUUGUAAGUGGAAAGACACCUGGGAUGUGGCAGUGUUGUCUUCAAAACAUGGGGCAACAGUAUCUGACGUAACUGUCAGGGCUAAAGGGGGCCAUAUAAAAAAAUUCAAGCCUGAUGCAGUCCUUGAUUAUAAUAUGAACAAGACAGAUGUUGAUCGAAGGGAUCAACUUGUUGCUUACUAUCCCUUCAAAAAGAAAAGUAUGAAAUGGUGGAAGAAGCUUUUCUUCCACCUUUUCAUUCGGGGAAUAGUAAACAGUUACAUAAUGUAUAAAAUGUCACACAGACAACCAUGUUCUCUGCACAUAUUCAUGUCUGUGAUUGAAGAAAAACUGGCCACGAUGGCAGGGGACGAACAAUUGGGAGUGAACCCUUUGACUGUAGGUGACAGACUAACCGGGCAUCAUUUCGGAAGAAAAAUUCCUCCAACUGACAACAAAGCGAGGACAUGCAGAUCGUGCGAAGUGUGUGGUGACAGGGCUGAGAAAGUAACUGGAAAGUGGAAGAGGAAAGAUACAAUUUAUUAUUGUGCAAUGUGUGAUGUUUCACUGUGCGUGCCAGAAUGCUUUGAACUAUUUCAUACAAAAGCCAAUUACGUAUAG